AUGCCUCCCGAGGGAAGAAUUAGUUCGCGUAGAAGCCUGGAGGAGAGAAUGGACUAUCCCCCACCUCGCCAGACCAGAAGUUAUCAUCAGUACAACAACAGCAAUCAGGGAUACUCCAGAUCAAGGUCGAUCGAUAACCGCGCAAAGCAGCAUAGUCAUCGCGAGCAGGAACAGCUUGAAUACGACGAUAGCACUCCAGCUGGGUUCAAUAUGGAGGACAUAUACGAGGAACAGCAAAAGAAUGAAGAUGCUUCCCCAGGGGCGAAUGAAGAUAUCGAUCAAAACGAAAACAAUUCUACAAACGGGAACCAAAGGCUUUUGGGGUCUUCUAAGGAGGAUGUACAAUCGACCCUUAACAAUGAAAUGGCGGGUGACAAUCAAAAAUGUGGAUAUUUAGGGCUCAACACGAACCAGAAUGGUGGGAUAUCUAGAGGUUCGGCUGACAAGGAAACGAGUCCAACUACUUCUAAAGACUCUUCAGCCGCUUCUAAAGAUGUAGAUCCGAACGAAUUACGUCAGAAAGUCCUUGAGUCAUUGGCUGAAAAGAAGAAAAAGGCUGCUGUUUUUAUGAAUCAGGAGAAAGAGGGAACUGGGAAACUAGACCCUUCCCCAGAAAUUAAGACGGUAUCUGCUGCAAGCAACGGUGAUCAUGCCAGCGGUGUGGAGAAUAGCCAACGUAAGGGAUCUGCAUCUAACCCUGAGCGUGAUGCAGCUGUCAACGCUCUUUUAGCUGAAGCCAUGUGCUCGGUAAAACCAUCAUCUGGUAAAUCGGAUACCACAUCUACCGAACCACCCAAAGCUGGACUUAGAUCCCCUAUUGAGGACUCAUUUGACCCAGCUCGUCGCAAGAAACAUUAUCCAGAUGACUUGAAGCUUGCCACAAAGUCGACAGGAAAUGAGCACCAUAAAAACGCUUCCCCCAGGACAGGCCCAGAUCAUGACCCUGACUCUUCUCGUCGGAGCAGUUUUGGAGGUCAAUAUUUCCCUUCAAAUCGGAAUGAGAAGCAGUAUCGAGGAAGGAAUGCUUCUCGGGAAGAUUACAAGGAAGGUCACGGUGGUAGUUUCAGUCGCACACCAACUUCAGCGACACGUUCAGAAUUUUCUCGGGGUCCACGUUAUGAACAUGAAGAACGGGAUAGAAGAGAUAGCACCCGCCAGGAUGUUCGUCAUCGAUAUGAAGACCCUCCGCUUUCGGCAAAAGAAUUAAGACACCCAGGGGAAAAAAUAAGCCCGUCUGAUAGAGAAGGUCGAAGGAGCGAUAGUGACCAUCGUGGCCAUUAUGCAGAAGAAGAGGAAAAAGUUCGUGGGCGCAGAGAUGAUCAAUUAUACAAAAUUCCAGAAGCUCCCAGAGAUGAAUCUAGGGACCCUUAUUCAAGAGCUUUAAGGCACCAACAAACAGCCUGGCAUGGACAGGACCUUGGGAUCGAGGCUUCUUAUCUUGCUGGGCCUCCUGGCCGCUAUCUUCCUCCCCGCGACGAUCCUCGCGUGAUCCGUCCUCCAGAAACAGAUUACGCUGCGCUUUAUUACAGGGAUUUGGCGGAAUGGCUUGAUAUUACCGGCUACCACGACUUCCAUCAUCGUCAGAUGAUUCUAGUACGCCACCGCGAAAACAGGGCUUUAGAGGAAAGGAGGCUGGCUUUAGAAGAUGAUCCAGAGGCCUCAAGAGGAUACAUGGCACGUUCGCAGACAAUUGCUCCUCGGGAUGACGAUAUAAGAAGAGUGCGCGCAUCUUCUGCAUAUGCUAUGCCACCGCCAUCAGGAAUACCAUCCCGUGAUGAGCGAGAAUUAUCUGUCCGUGCUCAUGAAGGUGUACCGCUUCGUGCCCCAUCCAGGGCAGCUAUGUAUCCACCUAUUCCAAGGGAUGAAAGACCACGUUAUGCAGAUGAAUUUCGGGCAUCUCCCCCGGGCGAUGCUGGAAAUCUUAAGAGGCGGAUCUCCUUUCGCGAGGAUGAUUAUGAGGAUCAAUCCCGCCCUACUGGAAAAUCUGCUCGUCUUAGCUACGAGGCUUCACACCGUACACCCCAAUCAGAAGAAUAUAUCAAUAAUGAAGCAUUUGGUGCACAUAACAAGGGCUUUUCCAGUGCCCGUUCUGGGCAUACAGAGCCUGCUGACAAUAGACAUCCAUCGAGACGUAUCAAGGAAGAACGUUUUGAAGAUACUGAGGAUGAAGCCUCUGCCGUGCGUCAAAGCUUAUCCAAGAGAAUUGCUGCAAGUCGCGGCCGCGAGGCAUCGCCUCCAGCACUACUAGAAAGUCGUAUCCGGAAGCCGAGCCCAUCUCGUCGUGUAUAUGAAAAUGACUCACGCAAGGAGGGUUUCGUCAAGCGGGAUCAUGAAGACGGUGCUACAGGACAACCAAACAAGUUCCACAGAGAGGACGGUCGUCCUCAGCGCAAGGCAUUCGAUAAAGAACAUCGUACUCCGGAACAAUCGCCUAGGUUUCAAAAAGAAUUUCAAAAACCAGGCCGUGCAGCUUCUGGGAAGUUUGUCCCUCGAGAUGAAUUUCGAAAGCCCUUCCAACCAAGGCGUUUUUCUGAUGAAUCUCACCCAGGAGGUAACAUAGGUCGACGACCUUCGUUUGAAGAUUUCAAGAAAAAACCAUAUGGCCGGGGUCGUGGCCGUGGUGGCGGAGGUUUUCAUAAAGAAUUCCAUCCUUCCACUCGUCAUGAAAACAAGGAGUUCUAUGCCGACACUAUGGACGUCGAUAGGAGGCCAGAACAUACCAUUGAUACAAGGGGUAAUGAUACGAGGUAUUUUGUGGUAAAAAGUUUUAAUCACGAUAAUGUGACAAUGGCGCAAAAAGAUGAACUUUGGGCAACGCAAAAGAAAAACUCGGAGAUCUUUGAUGAAGCCUUCAAAACUUCACGUGACGUUAUACUAGUCUUUUCUGUCAACAAGAGCGGGAAGUUCCAAGGCUAUGCCCGUAUGGAAUCUGCCCCUGGAACAGCAUCGAUUCCCAUCUGGGCCAAAAAUCUUCUCUGGGAAUCUUCUGGGCCGUUCCGCAUUCGUUGGAUCACUAUUUGUGACAUUAGCUUCCACCGAGUAGCACAUCUUAACAACCGGUUGAACGAGGACCAACCGGUCCUUAUUGGACGUGAUGGACAGGAAAUCGACACUGAUUGUGGUGCCGCUUUGUGCAAGCUAAUCGAUGAGAGCGCUGCUUUUCGUCGCUCCUAUACCGACAAUGGUGCUGGGAAUUAA